AUGGAAGAUGAAGCACGUGCUUACCGUGAGGCUCAUUUCCAAGAAGAGUUGGACUCUUUAAAGGACAGUGUGGCUCGCCUUACCAGCUUACUCGAGCAAGUACUAAGGAAUACCUCGGGUGAAGGUCCUUCAGCUAGGCCCGCUCCUCUCCCAACAAACCAACCUGAAGAGGUAAUGGGAGGACAUGCACAGGAGCCCCAACACAAUCCAGUUUUCAUGCAGUCGCCAACACCCGUACCACCUGUACCAACACCAGUACCAAUUGUCAUGGAUGCAUUCAUUAAUGAGUCCCACAAAACUAAGCCCUCUGAGGAUCUUGAUCAAGACAAGAUGGCAGCACUAGAGGCCAGGAUUAGUGCCAUUGAGGGAAUAGACUUAUAUGACCCUGUGCGAGCUGUAGAAAUGUGUUUAGUCCCUAAUGUGGUGGUACCAAAGAAAUUUCGAGUUCCGGAAUUUAUCAAAUACACCAGCACUCAAUGCCCUGUUACCCAUCUCAAAUCUUAUUGCAACAAAAUGGCAGAAGUAGUUCACGAUGAAAAACUACUAAUGCAUUUCUUCCAAGACAGCUUGAGUGGAGCGGCAUUGAGUUGGUAUAUGAGGUUAGAUAAUACCAGGAUCCAUACAUGGAAGGACCUCGUGGAUGCUUUCAUCAAGCAAUAUAAAUACAACAUGGAUAUUGCUCCUGACAGAACCAGUUUGUCUAACUUGGAGAAAGGAGAUAAAGAAAGCAAAAGAGAGUAUGCUCAAAGAUGGAGAGAUUUGGCAGCACAAGUCCACCCCCCUCUCUUGGAAAAGGAAAUGGUUGCUCUGUUUGCUAACACGCUAAAAACGCCAUACUAUGAACACGUGAUGGGUAGUUCGGCCCAACAAUUCACGGAUUCUGUGGCCGUGGCUGAACGAAUAGAACAAGGAGUAAAGAGUGGAAGAAUCCCUGCACCUUUGGAGAAAAAAGGUUUCGGAGCGAAGAAGAGAGAGAUCGACCAUGUCGAAAGUAGUUACAGAAGCAAGAAAGGGCCUUUCCAAACAUAUAGCCCUCAAUCCUCUUCACCCCAAGUUGCCAACACCAACUUCAACUUUCCAAGUCCAGCCAGAAAACUUGAACCCCAAAGCCACCAAGUAAAAAACCAAGCUGAAAGUUUCCCCAAAAGAAACUACCGAAAAACCUCAGAACAAUUGCCUCCAUUACCGUUACCCCUAAAUGAGAUGUACCAAAAGCUGCUAAGUAUUGGGCAGGUAGUCCCUGUGCCUUUGGUACCCCUCCAACCACCUUACCCCAGCUGGUAUAAGCCGGAUCUCACUUGCGAAUACCAUGCCGGUAUAGCUGGACACAACAUCCAUACUUGCAAUGCCUUUAGGAGAAAACUUCUGCAACUGAUCAAAGCAGGAUGGAUAGCAUUUGAAGAUGCCCCUAAUGUCAAUGCAAACCCUCUACCCAAUCAUGCUUCGGGUAGUGGGUCUGUAAACAUGUUAGAAGAGGGACACUUAAAAAUCUUAAAGGUGUCAAUGGAUAGGAUCUACCAAAUGAUGGUAGAUGCAAGGUAUGAAGAGGGUAGCGAGAAAUGUUGUGAACUUCAUAAUGAAAAAGGCCACGUGAUCAGCCAUUGCGAGGGCUUUCAUAAAAAAGUGAUGCAAAUGAUGAGUCGAGGGAUGCUGCGAAUUGAGAAAGCAACGAAUAAAGAGGUGUUCAUGAUGGAGGCACCAAAGAAAGAGGUGUGUCGAGUGCAAUUCACUACCGGAAAGCCACCCAGAUUGGUCUUGUCCAAACCAGUAGUGGAACAUAAAGGGAACUAUAGUGCUUUACCUCACGACUAUGGGUACUCUUUCAAAAGCACUCCACAACCGCCUAUCUUUCAAGCAGAAAUUGGGGGUUUGACCCGUAGUGGCAGAUGUUUCACCCCAGAAGAGUUAGAAAAACAAAGAAAAGUUAAAGGAAAAGAAGGGGCUGACCUCAAGAAAACACCAGCCAGAAUAUCGUUAUUUUCUCUGAUUCUAAGCUCUGAGCCACAUAGAAAGGCUUUACAAAAAGUACUGAAUGAAGCAUAUGUUCCUCAAGACAUCAAUCAAGAAACCAUGGAACAUUUAGUGGGAAGAAUCCAAGCCUCAAAUUAUAUAUACUUCACUGAAGAUGAAUUGAGUCCUGAUGGUACUGAGCACAACAAGCCGUUAUACAUUACGGUGCGUUGCAAGGAUAUUCUGAUCGGAAAGGUGCUCAUUGAUAAUGGUUCUGCAUUGAACGUGCUACCAAUGCAUAUGUUGAAAGAAAUGCCUGUCAAUGAGUCACACAUGAAGCCUAGCACCUUGAUGGCGAGAGCAUAUGAUGGUUCGCCAAGGCCGAUCAUUGGGACCCUAGAAGUAGAGCUAUAUGUGGGACCAUAG